AUGAUGUCCCCGGAGAUGGUGCUGGGGGACCUCUACGACUUCGGCACGGACGUCUGGUCGUUUGGAGCCAUGGCCUACCUCAUCCUGUUCGGGGAGCUCCCGUACGUGCCGAAGGAGAUGAGCCGCUGCGCCGCCAAGGAUCGGGGGAACGCGAUCCGGGCGGGCCAGCCGAGCCCGAGGUUCCUGGGCGCGCCGGGGCCCGCGGCGGGCUUCCUGAGGCCGCUGCUGGAGCGCGAGCCGCUGUUUCGGUGCAGCGCCGAGGAGGCGCUGGCGCACCCGUCGCUGGGAAGGGACCAGCCGACGGUGGUCUCGAGCGUCCUCCGGGGCGUCCCGAACCUCCAGCGCAGCAUGGAGCUGUUCCGGAGCGCCACCGGAGGCACCGCCAGCCUGGCCACGGCAGAGACGGACGCGUUCGGCGCCACCGAUUCCAUGACGACGAGGUCCGCCCACACCUCUCGGAGAGGAAGUCGUCGCAGCGUUAUGAUCGACGACCACGAUCUCGGCGCACACGAGGACGGCACGAAGAACGAUCCCAGCACUGUGGAGUAG